AUGGCUAAAGGUAAAAGAAUUUGUGAUAGAUGUGGUUAUAACUUUGCAACACCACGUAAACUCCGUGAUCAUUUAUUAAGAAAAUUCAAAUGCAAACCAAUUACUCAAAUCACAAUUCCCCAAGGCGUCCCUCCUCCCAUUCCCCACAUUCGAGGAAGAGAUCAAAGGCGAGAAAUAGCAAAAAGAAAUAAAUCACCAAAACCAAUUUCCCAAGAAGCUG